GAGGUGUUGGGUGGCCCUGGGGGUGCAGCCCAGCUCUCUCCUUGGGCCUGGCUGGUGUGGGGUCCUCAGAGGCAGCUGCCCCCACCCCUCUGAGGGGGGUCUGCCCAGGAAAGGGGUCCGCCCAGCCAGGCUGCAUCCCACACGCCCCAGGGCCCCGGCCACCCAUCAGAGGGAGCGGCCCCAGGUCGCCGAGACCCCCAUGGAAUGGAGAACCCUGUGAGUCCCGGCCAAGCCCCCUGAGUCCCACGUAGUAGCCAGACCUGGUUCCUGGGUGAUGACGCUGGGACAGGAGCAUAAACGAGCAAGAAAAAUGAAAACCAAGUCCAAUGGCUGGAUACCUGGCCUCCCCGCAGUGGAGCUGCUUCCAACACCAGGGGCCACACCUCUUCGGUCGGCCUGGGAGUUCCCUGUUUGGGGGUCCAGACCCUGCUGGCCUCUCUUGCCCCCAGCCGGGGUCCAAGUGCUGCCCACUGCCCACUGUGUGCCAGGGAGCUCAGUCUUUCUUUCCAUAGGAAUACAGGUGCCACCAUCCAACCAGCAGACACCUCACCCAGGGCUUCCCAUGGUCCCUGCGCUUCCAGGGAGGCCAGGAGCCCCCGCAGCCCCACCCUUUGGGUGAGAGAGACCAGGCAGCCCACACCCUCCUCAGACCUGGAAGGUUGCAGGUGAGGUGCUGGCCGAGCAUGGACAGUGGGUCCAUGGACUGGCCUGAUGCAGAGCCACAGCAGGUGGGCAGGGCGCAGGACAGGGGUCAGUCCUGGGGACUCUGGCGACUCCAGGCCCGGGUUAUCGGAAUGGCUGGCUCACCCCCCAACCCCAGCUCCCCCUUCCCAGUCUCUGCGCCUGCUCUGGGCCCUCGGAAGCUUCUGGAAGGUUUCCCCUGGCACCUCGGCCAAUUUCUGCAGGUCAGAGAUAAGGCCAGAGGGACCCCAGGUAGGCAGGGCGUGCCUGCCGUCACACAGCAGAGGAGGCAGGGCCCUGGGCAGGACAGAGCUCCCAGCCCACCUCCCUGGGCUCCAGGCCGUUCCUGCCUUCCUGCACCUGUCCUCCCAUCCUGGGCCUCGGUGGGGACAGGUCUGGGGGGGCCACAUGCAACCCCGAUCCUCGGCCAACUCUGACCAACUUCCUGUCCAAGGAAGUAGAGACACUUCUGAAAAGGGCCCCGAGCAGCUCCUGGGCUGUCGCUCCUCUGGCGCUGUUGACGGAGGACCGCCCCCCACCCCCAGGCCCAGUCCUGCAACAUACGGAUGCAGGUACACAGGUGGGCCAAGCCCAGCAGGCAGCUUCUGGACUGGGGAGCCCUGGGCGAGCCCAGCCCGCUGCCUGUGGAUGUCACGCUCCUGGGGGCUGCUGGUCGCACCCCGCCCAGGCCCACGGUGUUCUUGGGGGCUGCGCCCACGGCUGGCACUCAAGAGGCCCUGCAGUGGCCCCGCUCGGCCAGCAGAGGAGGGUGGCUGCCUGCUCAGUGGCUUCGGCCUCUGGCAGGUGCUCUCCCCUGAGUGGGCCAAGCCAGAGAGAGGGCACUGAGGUCAGAGCAGGGCAGGUUUUAUUUCGGGCUUCGGCGACCUCCCCCCUCGGGGCACCAGGCCCGCGGUGCGACCGGACAGCAUCGAGCUGGUGCUGCUGGACGGGCCAUCGGCUGCGGAAGCCCUGCGACAGGGCGCAGUGAUGCUCAUCUCGGCCGCCUCCGUGGCCCCUGAGACGGCGGGCCCGGGCCCCCAGGGCUCCCCCGGGCCCCCCCCGCCCCUGCUGCCCAAGCCUGGGAAGGACAACUUGCGUCUGCAGAAGCUCCUGAGGAAGGCGGCCCGGAAGAAGACGGGCAGGGCUGGGCCCGCUGCCCCUCCCGGGGCCUUCCGCACCGCCCUGUCCCCCGUGAGCGAGGCCAGCCACGACCCGGAGACCCCAGCCCCAUGCCCAGCCCAGGCCCCGCAAGCGGAGGCCCCCCUGCCCCGCUCCCCCCACACCCCCGUCAUCCACCACGUGGCCUCGCCCCUGCAGAGGUCCACCUUCUCCUUCGGCCUCACCGAACGCAGGAGCCUGGCUUCUCACUUCAAGGCCGGGGGGCCCCAGCGCGCGGCCCCGGCCCCAGAACCCGCCCGGUCCCCCAGCGGCCUCACCCAGGUGCCGGCCCCCGCCGCGAGGGGCACCCACAUCAGCCAGGUGCACAUCCGGCUGGCACCAUCCCCGCGGGCCCGGACCCCGGAGCUCCCCCAGACGGCCCUGGAUGGGGGGCUCGGCGGUCGGGAUCAAGACAACGAUGCCCCGUGCCCUCCUGGGGCUCAGCCCCUGAUCCCAGUGGCCCACAUCCGCCCACUGCCCAUCGGGGCCCAGGCUGCCAGUCCCUGCCCUGAGGCGCCCCCUGUGCCCAGGCCGCCGCCCGGCUUCCAGGCCUCGGUGCCCAGAGAGGCCAGCACCCGUGUGGUGGUGCCCAUCGCCCCCACCUACCGCUCUCCAGGACCCUCGCCCGAAGCAGGGCGCCUGGAGGAGCCCCCCAUGGCUGACCCUGCUGCUGAAGCCGAACAGGUCUCCAGCCCCCACGGGGCCUCGGCCCGUGCCCCACCGUCAGGCCCUCACCCAUGCCCUGUUCCCAAAGUGGCGCCCAAGCCCUGGCUGAGCGGCUGGACGCGCCUCAAGAAGCAGCUGCUAGAGGAGGCGAAGGAGCCCUCCUUCCUGGGGCCGGAGCAGAGCCCCCCAGGGCCCUCACACCAGAGCCCAGGACCCGCGGAGCAAGGGGUGAUGGCCCCUCCCAGCCCGGCACCCCGGCCUCCCGCCUCCCGGGCCUCCAGAAUGUGGGACGCGGUGCUGUACCGUAUGUCGGUGGCCGAGUCCCGUGGCGCCCAGGCGGGGCCCAGGGAUGGGGCGAGCACCCUGGGCGGCCUCGGCCGCCUGCCCUUCCUCUGUCGGCCGCGCUUCAACGCCCGGAAGCUGCAGGAGGCGGCCUCCCGGCCCCCUCCUGUGAUCCACCCUAUCCUGGACCUAAGCCCCCAGCCCAAGAACUUCAACCGGACGGCAGCAGGCUGGAGGCUCCAGUGAACAGACGGGGAGACCCCCAGGGCCCAGGACGGUGGGGUGGACAGAAGAGGGGCUGAGGGUCCAGCUGGGAAGCCACGCCAUUGAAGAGGGCCCCGGGGCCAGACAGAGGCUGUGGGGAGCCGGAGCGGGGCGGGCUGGGCAGAUGGAAGCCUGAAGGAUGGUCAUGGCAGGUGGGAGGUGGCAGGAGCAGGUGGGGUUGAGGGGGAGCCGGGUGUGUCAGCAGGACAGGCUGAGAGGAGCCUGUGGAGGCGUGGGGCAGGGGGUGCUUGUGGGGUGAACCCCUGGGGAGUCGGGAAGGACAUGAGUCUCCCUGCGGCAGGGAACGGGGUUCUUGACCUUGUGGGGCAGGGCCAGCCGGUGUCUCUGCUUGGGCUGGGGGCAGGGCUGCUGGAGGUGGUCCCCAGCGGGGCCACCCCUCGGGAGGGCCCGCCUGGGUCCAGGGAAGCUGCAGGCAGGGAGCAGCUUUGAGUCCUGACACUUGACAGGGGAGGAUUCCGGGGCCCCCUCCCUUCUGCCAAGAAAGACUGCAGGUGACAGGGAGCUGUGCAGAGUGGGGCGAUGGGAGAGGGGUGGGGUCUCCGUGUCGGCCGGGGCCGGGCUUCGGGGAGAACAGCCCAGCUGCGGGGACAGGGAGGGGCUGUGGCCUGGCCAGGGUGGUCAAGGGGACCCUGGGCCUCAUGCAGCUUUGGGGGCCCCCAUCUGCCCCCGGCUGGGGUCUGACUCAGGACGAGCGCCAGGGCUGUGACGGGGCCAGCUGCCACGUGAGAGGGCCACGGAGGCGCUGGGAAAACUCUGGCCGCAGCCCCUGGGAGCAGGACUCGGGAGGGGAAGAAGGGGCUGAGGGUCCGGCUGCCCCGCCCAGGACGUGCUGGGGCUGUAAAUGGAUUUUAAUAAAAGUGUGUAUCGUC